UUAUUGCCAAAACAUAACCAAGUCGUUUUGUUGCCUAAAUCUCGAGGCCAGAUUUGGGUGGACACAGAAACUGGGUCGUCUAGAAGGUCAAAACAAAAUCGCACUUCCUGUCUGUGCUUCACAAACAGUUUUCUGCAGAUCAACCACUGUGAGACUUUUAUUGUGAAGCAGCUAGAGCUUCCUGUAACGCUGUUUACAGACAUUAGCGAGCCGUACGUCUCAUGUGCGUAAAAUAACUUCGCUUUUGGAAACUUUCUUUUAUCGGAGUGGUUUUAAUAUUACAGGGAGCCGAAAUAAAAAGCAGCUCACGGCCCACCGUUUUUGGAGGGGACAUCAACCGCAAUCACCGUGAAGAUAAGCGACGUUUCUACCGGUCAGUUUUGAGCCACGGGCGGUUUUUCAGGAGAGAUGUCCUCCCAAGUGAGACUGAAGCUGCUGCCGAGUGCCAGAUGCUUCUUUGACGAGCCCGUUCAGGUGAAGGUGGCUGGGCUGAGGUCGAGACAGGUGGUCACCAUGAGAGCCAGCUCGACUGACGAGAGGGGAGUGGUGUUCAGCUCCUCGGCCACCUACAGGGCCGAUGGGAGCGGGGAGAUCGACCUGAAGAGAGACCCCUCACUCAGCGGGAGCUACGUUGGGGUUGAACCCAUGGGUCUGCUGUGGUCGAUGAGGGCAGACGCCCUACACAGAAGGUUUCAAAAAACAAAUUCACUAAACCCCCACGUGGUGAAGUUCUCUGUGCAUGAGGAGGGGGAGGCCAGGAUGCUGGCAGAGGCGACCAAUGAGAGGCUUCUGAUUGGAGAAGGGGUCAGACGGCUCCCUGUCAAAGAGGGGAAUAUUCGUGGAGUCCUGUUUACUCCCCCAGGAGGAGGUCCAUUUCCUGCUGUGUUGGAUCUGUACACCUUUGGUGGAGGUUUGUCGGAGAAAAGGGCCUCUCUGCUCGCCCAUCUGGGAUUUGUGGUUCUGACUGUAGCGCUAUACGGCCAUGAUGACAUGCCGAAGAAGAUCAAAGAGGUCCAUCUGGAUUAUUUUGAGGAAGCAAUAGAGUUUUUAAAACAACAAAAUGAGGUGGGCAGUAAAGGAGUUGGUGUGAUAUCCCUUUCAAAAAGUGCUGAUAUUGCACUAUCACUAGCCUCUUACCUGCCAGGUAUUGAGGCCACAGUGUGGAUCAAUGGCUGCUCUGCCAAUACAGUUUUACCCCUCUACUAUAAGAAGAGCCAGAUCCUCCCUGCGUUAAUGUUUGACAUCAGCAAGUUGAUUCCCACUGAGUCAGGGGCCAGCAUUGUCAAGCAUGUUAUGCAUAAUCCUCUGGCAGAGGAGAACAAGGCCACCCUGGUCCCCGUUGAACAAGCCAAGGGACACUUCCUCUUUGUGGCUUCGGAGGACGACCUCAACUGGGACAGCAAGGGUUACGUGGACGAGAUGGUGGAGAGACUGAAGCGUCAUGGGAAGGACAACUUCGAGAGCGUGUCUUACCCUGGAGCGGGACACUACCUGGAGCCACCUUAUGGACCCUACUGCCCCUCCAGCUUACAUAUGGUUUUGGGUAAACCAGUCCUGUGGGGGGGUGAGCCCAGGUCCCACGCAGCAGCUGAAGUCCACCUGUGGAAGAAGAUCCAGGAGUUCUUCAGAACUCACCUGAGCUGUGAUGCUACACAAACUAAAGCCAAGUUAUAGAUGCAAAUUGUUAUUUAAACUUCAAAAAAAAGUUGAUUUAAGCUGAAGUUGAUUUAUUGCUUUACAAUUAAGAAUUUAUUUGUAACAAUGUAUCUCAGCCAUAUGAAAGUCUUGUUUUGACUCCAGGCUGUAUUUGAAAUCACAUCCUAUCUGCUACUUUCUGCCAUUUUAUUUGAAUGUCUAAUUUAUAGCUCUGAUUUUAUGCACUUUAUAGCACCCAAGAAAAAUCUUGCUUACUAUAAAUUUACUGUUUACCAGUAGGCUAUUAUAGUGGCACACUAAAGUAGUAUAAGAAGUAGUAUAGAAAACAAAGUGCACUUCUAUUUUCUGAACUUGGUACAAAAUAUGAUAAUAAUGCCCACAAUAUUUAGGAAAUAAAUUAUUUUUUAACAGAUCUUUUAAUGCAGAUGUACAAAAUAUAGAUAACUGUGUUUUACAAGAACUGCAUGCUGUAUAAUGCCUUUGAUUGAUUUACAGUUGAAAAUCAUCCAAGCUCCUGCACAAUGCUGCCAAAAAAAAAAAUAUGCCUCACAUUUCAUCUUCUUGAAAAGUUAAAAUGGAGGUGUAAGAUUUCAUGAGACAAAAUUUUAUGAGAUGAUCUCAUACACACAACGAAUUAAGAUGUGUUCAAUAGGUAACAUCUUUCAAGCAAAAUAGCAACUGAAUGAGAGCCACAAUUCAACUGAGUAUAGUCAACAGAAAUCCCUAACAUUAUGCUGUGUCAUUACAGUGAGAGUGAUAACAACAUUUUGGGGGGGCUAUGGGAAUGCUACUGCAACACAUUGGAGUGCACAAGGAAGAACCUCAUCUUAUCUGUAAAGGUUGGAUCAUGUGUGAACAGACUUUUUUUUGUAUGAAAACUGAGGUUGCCAAACAAACACUGCCUUACACAGACAUUUUAACCCAGCAAUGUGGCAGGUUCCAUCCAUGUGUGAAAAGGUUGUGUUGUUUCUACAACCAACUCCUCUUUUAUUAAUUUCAGACAUUGAUGGAAAAUUGUGAAGCAUUUAUAGGUUUAUAAUUGUUUCAACCUUCCCCUCAGACUCACCAUACGACACUCAAAGCAACCUUUGCAAAACACAAUAGAAGAGAACUAAAAAGGAAAUGAAAGGCAGCGAACAAAGCAUGACUAACUGGUAACUAUCUUACCCUGAUCUUUGUAUCUCGCUCAGUCUUGGGAGACGAGAGAUAACAUGUUAUUGUUCCUAGCAGGCUCGCUACUGUGCAGGUUCAUCAAGAUAGCAGUACCAGCCUUGAUCUGCCUCCUCGAUUUUAUUAAGCAGCAUUGUUGAAAAGCUCUCUCUCUCUGCCUAUCUUCCAUUCUUUGUGUUUAUGUAUCUGACUGCUCCCUUUCUGUCAUUUCAGUUCGCCGGAGCUCUCGUCAGCCUCUGCCUUUUGAAAGGCCGGGAAUUAUUUGUUCCACUACUGUACCUGCCCUGAGAGAUGUACAAGCAUCAGAAACCUGAGGUUGAGGUUGUAUUUGAGCUCCCGGGUUCCUCAGUAAAAGAUUUAUAUUUGUGUGUUAGGGAGUGACGGCAUAGCAACAGAGCAGAGUGAGGAGACUGUGAUUGAGUGCUUGUGCUUUGGAGCACCCUGACACAGAUGUGUUAAUCCAGCCUCAGAGACGCACAAAGGGCUGGAAAUUCCGUUUUUACUGCGGCCCACUGUGCUAUAAAUACUAAAGUUUCAAAUAAUGUAGUUUUAAAACUGCAGGUUGCUUUGGAUAAAGCAUGUGGAAUAUACAGUACGUUGCUAAGGGUGAAUAGUGUGCUGCAAAACACAACGAGGUCCUUCCACAUUGAUCACAGAAUAGGUUGAUAACCAGCAGAUCCAAGGCCUGUUUUAUGUGUUACCCAUUGAAACUUUGGCUAUAAAUGUAUCGUAAAGUCUGUUAGAAAGAAUAUAUAUUUGAGUCCUUAAAGACAAUAAAAGAAAUGGGCUUAAAAGCAUGUGGUCAUUUAUUUUGUUUCCAUUAAGAGGUGAGGCUCAGCCCUUUCUAGUAGUUGGCCCCUAACUCCAUGUUUGAGUUUUUUAGUCUAUAUUCUAAACUAAAUUAGUUUGUUUGUCCAGAUGUUGUUGACUUUCUUGCUGUACAUAAUACUGUAUCUGUAUCUAUGCUUGCUUAUCUUCAUCUCUUUCCUGUAAGUUUGCUCUUUGCACUUUGCUCUUUGUGUUUAAGUACACUGAGAACUACUGAGAACCAGAGCUAAAUUUGUGUAUCUACGAGCACAUUUGGGCAAUAAACUUGAUUCUAAUUCCAAAUG